GCCGGGCCCUCAACUCACUGCCCACUGGUGUUGAGGUUCAAAAUCAAGUGUUGUCACUUCCCGAGGUUGUUGGAUUAUAUCUUAAAAUGAACCUGCAGGAUGUUGUCAAAGUCAUUCUAGACUCCGAGGAGGAUAUAUGUAAAAAUAAAGAAUUGUCAUCUUUGGUGAAGGAAUACUUACAGAACGGCAUACAGACAUUAGAGAUUUAUGAUGCCCUUGAGAAUUGCUUGAAACGUGCUCGAAAGAACCAACAGAUUGUUCAGCUUGCAGUUCAAAAGUUUGAGGAAGAAGAACUGGAUGGUGGAGAAGAAAGGAAAUUCGAGAAGACAUUGGACAAACUAAACAAAUUUAAAGCAGCUGAGAAGCCAUUUGAUGUAGAAUUCUUUCAACGGUUUUUGUCUGUGCGUGACCAGCAGGUCUCGUUGUUAAAGAAAUUGUUACAGCAAAAGGAGGAGGUGGUGGAUAAGAAUUUGAAAUCAGCGAAAACAUGGAGGAAGGUGUCUAAUAUCUUGUUUGUUACCCUGUUUGUCUCUACAGUGGUUUUCUCGGUGGUAGCUGCUGCCAUUGCAUCAUCACCUGUAGUAACAUCUGCAGCAAGUAGGUACCUUGGUAGUUCCUGUUGCUUCACUCGGAAAAUGGUGUAGCUGGCUUUUGAAUCGUUAUGAGAAUAAAUUGGAAUGGCAGAAGGAGUUGCUUACAAUGGAGAGUUUUACUGGUGACCUUACAAUUAAUGGCAUAGAGAAUAUAAGGGUACUUGUUAUCAAAAUGGAAACCAAGAUCGAGUCACUUUUGGAUAAUGCUAAUUUUGCACUUGGAGAACAAGAGGCAGUGAAGCUUGUUAUCGAUGAGAUAAAAAUGAAAUUGGAAGAGUUCAUGAAAACCAUUGAGGACUUGCGAAAAGAAGCAGCAAAGUGCAGCCAGGCAAUAGAGAAGGCAACAUUAUUGAUUUUGCAGAAGAUAAAUGAAGCUUUUUCCCAAUCAGCAGCUGUAGAUUCCCCUUGGAACCAAUUCUAUCUUUGAAGCUGCAUGUGUAAUGUGAGUAAUGUCAAUUAGUGUUGGGUUUGACCCUUUCUAACUCUAGAAACAAUUGACUUGUUGAGUUGGUCUUUUCUUGUUCUCUUAUUAUUAAUCUAAUCGGUCUCAGCAAUCAGCCCCUUUCUUUAUCAGCUAUGAUUUCCCAAAGUUUUGAUUUCAAGUUCUUCGAUCCAGUUGUGUUUUAAAAUUCUGAUUGUGAACAUGGGUAACUUUUAGUUGCAAUAUAUUGAAUUGGAGUUG